AUGCCAGCCACCCGGUCGCACUUCCUAGGCAGCUGCCAUACCUGCAGACGGCGCCAUGUCCGUUGCGACCGCGAACGGCCUUCAUGCUCCAAAUGUCGAAGCCUCGGGGUUCCCUGCGAAGGCUUCUCCGACGACGUCCGCUGGGUUUCCUGCAAUGACCAGAACAACACCAACACCUCUGCAGAGACUGACCGUAAGGGAAUGCGCCGAUAUUUAUACUCAGAAAAAUCACGACUGUCGAUGAGCGCAGGACUCGGCCACGACCUGAUAUCAGGAUCCGUAGAUGCUACCCUAGCUGAAAUCGACCAGAAGUCGCAGACCAUAAAUAACGACACUGGCGGGAUGGCCGUGGGCCCCUUCUCUGUGCUCAGCUUCCACCGGGACUCCGACCAAGCUGGCCCUCGAGUCGAGCCUGAGGGGGACUCUACACCAGUGCCUGAAUUAGUGACAGGGGUAACAGCACCAGCUAUUGGGGCAGGGCCAAUUACUCCCUUAACCGACCCAGUGGGCUACAUGGACGACUUCCUGCACUGGUCCGACAUUCUUGGGCUCCAGCUCGACAAUGCGGACUUUUCAACGUGGCCGGAGACGACGACCCUGGACGAGCUGGACUCGGCGGUCCAGGAUUUUCAUAUUCCGUCGGUUGGAGAAAGUAGACAGGCUGAUGAUUCUAUCGUGAUUCCCUCAUAUGAGCCGAUGUUGAGUGAUCCGGGCCAUUUGAUAUGGACUCCCACUUCCCACCCAACAGGACAGGAUAGUUCGCCACCAGCAGAUAUUCUUGCAGACGCUCCAUUCCUUCUGAAACACCUGCAAACAAAGGUCGCCCCUUUAAUGGUGGCAAUGCCCCUGGGGAAAAAGUCGCCGUGGACGAUGCUCAACAUCCCUGCGGCCGUCGUUACACUGGGAGACUUGACAUUCAUGAGUGCAGAUAAUAUCACCCAUGCGCGAUUGGCGAAUCUGUAUAGUCUGCUUGCAUGUUCAGCUAUUCAUCUUACUCUACAGCCAUCACCAGAUACGGACCGCCCCGUCGAGCAUUGGCAGCGCGUCACAAACCAGGCCUUUGCGCAGACAAAGGAGCAAAUGCAACUCACAUUGAAGAAUGAGCUGGAACCACCGAAGAAGGCAAAAUAUAAAGACCAGUUAAUGGCGCUUUGUGCAUUGACUGAAUUUGCGGUAUUCUCCAAAUACCCACCCAUGUCACCGGUUGUUAAUGAUGUCCAGAUUAUAUCCGGCCAGCAAGACCACGCUCGCUGUCUGUUAUUGGAUUCAGAGCGUCUCGUCCGCCUGCGAGGUCUGGUUAAACGGAAAAUAUCGCAAAAGGCCCGUCUGCUUCACCAUGUUUAUACAUGGCACCGCAUCGUCGGCGAAAGCACAUACGUUCUACACGACUACACCCCAUCCAGAGCCUUCCUCGACGCCCUCCAAACAAACUUCCAAACACCUCGAGAAGAAUCCAUCAGACAUGCCGAUGAACCCAGUCCCCGCCUAGACAACUUCCUGCGUCUAGAAACAAGCCCCUCAGACCGCGAUCUUAACAUCGAUGAACAGAAAGACCAAGAAACAAGCCUGCAGGAUAUCCACCUGCAGGACUCUCGCGACUACCCAGAAACACUAUACAAGCAGAUAUACGGCAUCCCAGAGACAUGGCUCAGUCUGCUCUCACAAACAACACGUCUCGCCAACGUGAUGGAAACAUUCCGACAUGCUCAGAAAUCUGCCGAUAACCUCAGUUUCGGCGCGUACGACGCACUCCACCGUCGCAGCGUGAGAUUAGAGUACAUGAUCUGCUCACUCGCCUCUCGAUACAUUGAUUCUGAUAUCACUACCUCAAACGAGAAUUCAAAUCCAGCCCAGCACAUCUUCCGCGCCCUGAACGCCGCCUUGCUUAUAUUCUUCUACCGCCGCAUCCGCGACGUCCACCCCCUCCUCCUCCAGCAGCACAUCGACACUGUCAUUUCCGGUCUCGACGCAUUCCGGCUCUCGUCUAGAACGGAUGACGGCCAGGACCAACCACUCAGUCUCGGCUCGAUCUGGCCUGCUUUUAUCGCAGGUUGCGAGGCCAUUGACUCCAAACGGCGCAAUGCGGUGCUCUCCUGGUUUGACCGUGCUUAUGCAUCUUGUGGCCUGACGCCUAUUGCCACCGCGAGGGGGAUUAUGGUUCGUCUUUGGGACAGGCAGGAUAGAUGCCUUGGGAAUAGGGGGGAGAGGGUGGAGAGUUGGAUUGAGAUUGUUAGAGAAGAAGGGAUUUGGCCGAUUUUGUGUUGA